ACGAUGGUAACGAUCGAUCCGUUACUUUGUUCGAACGCCAGUGCGUCGAGUGUCUAGCCGAACGCAUUCCACUCUCCACCGCACCGGCAGUCAGCAAAAGACACUGCGUUGUUCGACCGAGAUUUUUGAGGAUUGUACGAGACGGGAGAUUCAUUACCGGUAUUGCUUGGACCGGAACAGUGUCUGUCUCGCGGUCGGCGCUUUCGACGCUACCAUUCGUUCGUUCGUUCGUUCCUUCGUUUGCUAGUUCUCCUAUCGAAAGGAGUCAGCCAUAGGCUGUUGCUGUUGGCGACUACCGUACGUCACUCAGGGUACAAUCACAAAGGCUGCAGCAACGGAAGUAAACGGCACGAACGUCACACACACACACGCACAUUGAUCAUGAUCCCUCCCCGACCGACUGGACAGUCCCGUAAACGUGCAGCCCGAGACCGUAGCACUGUUAAGAGGGUCAUAGCACGACAGAACUUUCCUCCAUACUGGAUGCAGCUAUGUUUGCUGUGGCUAGCCUCAACAUCGACGCACAGCCUUUGCAGGGCAACGUCGACCAGCGAGUUAUCCUCGGCGCGUCGACUAGAGCAGAGUUUGGAUCGUCGCAAACAUCCGGCCAGAGCUAUUCAUCGUUGCGCAGCAACACCAACAAUGCGCGUCACCAUUUUGGUGGCAGCAACAAUAGCAGUAACGAACCGCGCUACUUGGAUUUGACUGACGUCUUAUUGUGUUUGAGUUUGGCACUGACCUGGACGGUAUGGAUGUUGACGGGUUUCGUCCGCACAGAUCUGUGGAAAUUUCACGACCAGAGUGUGGUCGUCGCCGGUAACGUGCGGCAGGUCCAGAUCGCGGCGGAUUCCCUCGGUACUGGAAUCCCCUGCUACUCGGCAAUCAUUGAUUACAUGAUCCAUCUGGAACGCCGCGCCGAAACGGACGAUAUGGUGGCACGUUGGACUCACACGCGAAGAAACUGUGGCGCUGACGAUUCCGUUUUGGAAUACAAUCACUCACCGGCCAGUCCAGGCAACGCGAACGGCAACCACGCAAAGGGUACGGUGACACGCUUCCAAAUUCGUAAACAAUUCCAGACCACCGUGCCCUUGGAAGAAGGCUUUGCCAACGUCGAGCUUCUCGUGUUACCGCACGAACCUACCGUUUCCAUGCUCAAGGAGGACUGGAAGCGAGAAUUGCUGGAACAGCAGCAGGACGUGAACGAUGGGGCCGUAUGUUGUCGUCCCGUUUUAUGUCGACGACUCAGUAUGAUCUUUGCCGGAGUGUUAGUACUCGUUAGUAUUGGCGGAGCCGUCCUUGUGGUGGACCACAUGGAUCCGGUAGACAAGGGGCUCGGUUGGGGAGUUUUUUGCAUCGGGACAGCACUGUUGUUGCCUUCCGCGUUGGGCUUGCAUCGGCUCGGGACGGCUGUAUCUCAAAUGUUAUCGGAUCCGUCCAAGACAGGCCGCGUGUUGCAAGGUGCGGAAGAAUUGAGCGCCACAACGGCAGCGCAAUGGGAUUGUCAAGAAUUCGACGUUCUUGACGCCCGGGCCUGCGACGAUGAAGGCGAAAUAUUAUCGGCUAUUCAGCAUCAACAGCAAGAGGGUUUUGGCGGUAGUCAAUUGCCGCUUCCUCACGGCCGACGGCGACCAUUGUACGCACAUCACGGAGGGGCCGGUGUACCCGAUACAGCCGGAUGCUAUUUCAUCCGUUUCCCGUUACAUCGACACCAAAAUCGGACCCGAUCCCACGAUGUGUCCAUCUCGGACGGUUUGCGUGGAGUAUAA